AUGGGACAUUUCGUUACCCUCGCGACAUGUGUCCUGAACCAAUGGGCCCUCGACUUUCAGGGCAACUACGAGCGCAUUCUGGAGAGCAUAAAGCUGGCAAAGGACGCCGGUGCCCGUUACCGCUUGGGACCUGAGCUCGAAAUCACCGGAUACGGCUGCAAUGAUCACUUUUAUGAAGGCGAUACAUACUUGCACUCAUGGGAAGUGCUUGCCAAGCUCUUGACUUCAGAAAUCUGCCGAGACAUGCUCAUUGAUGUCGGAAUGCCCGUGGUACACAAGGACGUCAAGUACAACUGCCGGGUAGUGUUCCUCAACACGAAGAUCUUGUUGAUCAGGCCCAAGAUGUUCCUUGCCAAUGACGGAAACUACAGAGAAAUGCGCUGGUUUGCGUCAUGGAGCAAGUACCGCACGGUGGAGGAUUUUCAUCUUCCCCGUAUCAUUCAGGAAAUCACUGGCCAGUUUACUGUUCCAUUCGGAGAUGCUGUCAUUUCGACUAGAGACACUGUCCUCGGAACUGAGCUUUGUGAAGAACUCUUCACACCAGACAGUCCACACACCCAUCAAGCAUUAGAUGGAGUCGAAAUCUUUACAAACAGUAGUGGUUCACACCAUGAGUUUCGGAAGUUACACACGCGGAUCAACUUAAUUCAAGGAGCUACGCAAAAGUCUGGAGGUAUCUAUCUCUACGCCAAUCAGCAAGGCUGUGACGGAGAGCGCGUUUAUUACGAUGGCUGCGGGCUGAUUCUCAUGAACGGUGAGAUCGUGGCUCAGGGAACACAAUUUUCUCUUAAGGAUGUCGAACUUGUCACGGCAACAAUGGAUAUCGAAGAAGUUCGCUCCCGCCGAGGGGACGCACCGAGUCGCGCUUCUCAGGCGGUGAAGGCCCCAGCAUACCCACGAGUCUUUGCGGAUAUUGCUUUAACCCACGACAUAUUCAAAGACGGUAUCAGAAGCCCGCCCAGUAAACCACACCCGCCGCGGUACCACACACCGCAGGAAGAAAUUCGGCUCGGUCCUGCAUGCUGGCUAUGGGAUUAUCUGCGCCGAUCGAAGGCUGGGGGAUUCUUUUUGCCUCUAAGUGGCGGAUUGGACAGUUGCUCUACAGCUGUCAUUGUUUACUCAAUGUGUGACCUGGUUUGCAAAGCUGCUCAAAACGGAGACCAGCAGGUUAUUGCGGACGCCAGAAGACUAGUUGGUGAAACCAACUCAGAUUAUAUUCCCGAGGAUCCAAGAGAACUGAGUGGGCGCAUCUUUCACACUUGCUAUAUGGGAACCGAAAAUUCCAGCAAAGAGACACGGGUCAGGGCGAAGCAUCUUGCCGACAAGCUGGGAAGCUACCACUUGGACAUCAACAUGGAUUCUGUUGUGUCUGGCUUUCUAGCAGUUUUCCAGACAGCGACUGGAAAACGUCCUAUUUUCAAGGUACAUGGCGGAAGUGAAACGGAAAAUUUAGCUCUACAAAAUAUACAGGCACGAUCAAGAAUGGUUCUGGCUUACAUGUUUGCUCAGCUGCUUCUGUGGGUACGGGGCCGACCUGGGUCACUACUUGUUCUCGGCAGUGCCAAUGUCGACGAAACACUCCGAGGCUACUUCACCAAGUAUGACUGUUCAAGUGCUGACAUCAAUCCUAUUGGGGGAAUCAGUAAAAUCGACUUGAGAAAAUUCCUUGGAUAUGCCAAGACUGAACUCGGCCUAGAUAUCCUUGAAGAAUUUCUAGAGGCUACGCCGACUGCUGAAUUAGAACCUAUCACCAAGGAGUACGUCCAGGGUGACGAGGUUGAUAUGAAGAUGACCUAUGAGGAGCUCUCGGUGUACGGCACAUUGCGAAAAGUGGCUAAAUGUGGGCCUUUCGGGAUGUUCUCUAAGUUGCUUCACGAAUGGGGUGAUCGUCUUCGUCCAACCGAGAUUGCUGAGAAAGUGAAAUCGUUCUUCUUCUACUACUCCAUCAAUCGGCACAAGACCACCAUUUUGCCACCCUCGUAUCACAUGUCACCUUACUCGCCAGACGACAAUCGAUAUGAUUUGAGGCCCUUCCUUUAUAACGCCGGCUGGACAUGGCAAUUCCGUCGUAUAGACGAGGGCGCUGCCGCCGUGGAGCGCCUUCAAAACAAUUCUUUAAAGUCAGGAGAAGGGAAGUAG